AUGGAUACACAGAUGACUUGCCAGUUAACGUUAUCGGAACGCCAAGAGGGAUGGUUGGUAGAGACAAGAAAACACCUCAAUGGAAGAUUUGAUAAGGCAUUUAAGCUAUUGGGAUUUGAGGUCUCACCAAAUGUGUCAUUGAAAAGGAAGACAGAAACUUUGAGUUUUGAUGGUAACAGUACAAUCCUCAAAGGGAAUGACUUUUCUGCAUCUUCCUCCUUCUCCAAGCAACCAAUGGAGACCAUUGUUGAGCUCUUGGUUGGUGCAUACAAUAACCUACUAAAUUGUUUUAGUGAAAAGAAGGACACCAAAAGCUCAAUACCCAGAAUAAUUUGCGAAGAACAAGAUGACCAAAUGAUUCAAAAUAUGAUCGAGGAACUUCUGGAUGAGGGAAAUAAUUUUUCCCUCGUCAAUGAGGAACCCAUGGCACCACAAGGUACUUGA